GAUUUUCCCCCCCCCUGCCCUUCUUCUUCGUCGCUUCUUCUUCUUCUUCUUCUUGGUUGUAGUCGACCCAGAGGCGGGUGCCUGCCUUAGCGCGUGCCUGACGUUGUCCGUCUCUUCGGAGGAAGACACAAACUAGUUUCACCUCCUGUGUUUUUCUUUUGUUAUUUUUUUUUUUUAAUUUUUGUUUUUUUUCCCCACCCCUCCUUCCUUCCCAACCGGGCCCGUCGUCCUUCGGAAGAACGUGGAAGAUUAAUAAUUAAGCUUUUAUUUAUUGUGCGGUGAAAUAGGCGGCGAGAAAAGGAGCGAGGGAACGCGAAGCCACUACGAGGCUGCCAGUUGAAAUCUAUCUGUCCACUCCGUAGUGCACUGAAGCGGAUUUCUUGCUUUUUUUUUUCUUCUUUUUUUUUUUAAGGGGGGGGUUGUUUUGGGGCCACUCCAAACCCUGCACACCCAUUAUCGGAGCCGUUUGGUGCAUCUUUUCCCUUGUUGUUGUUGUUAUUGGUUGUGAACAUGAAUAAGCUAUACAUCGGCAACGUGAGCGCCGAGGCCAGCGAGGAGGACUUCGAAAGUAUCUUUGAGACGUGGAACAUUCCCCACAGUGGUCCCUUUCUGGUCAAAACCGGCUAUGCCUUCGUGGACUGCCCCGAUGAGAAAACUGCAAUGAAGGCCAUCGAUGUUCUUUCAGGUAAAGUUGAACUCCAUGGGAAACUUCUCGAUGUGGAACACUCUGUGCCAAAACGUCAAAGGAGCUGUAAGUUGCAGAUCAGGAACAUCCCGCCUGACAUGCGGUGGGAGGUCUUGGAUGGUGUGCUGGCCCAGUACGGUGCUGUAGAAUGCUGUGAACAAGUCAACACUGACACCGAGACUGCAGUUGUCAAUGUUCGAUAUGCGGCCAAGGACCAGGCCAGGCAGGCGAUUGAGAAGCUCAACGGCUCCAUGAUGGAGAACUGCGCUUUGAAGGUGUCUUACAUCCCCGACGAGAACGCGGCACCAGAGGGUCCGGCGGCAGGGGGUCGGAGAGGCUUCAACGCCCGUGGACCGCCGCGGUCGGGCUCUCCGAGUCUCGGCGCCCGGCCCAAAGUGCAGUCGGACAUCCCGCUGCGCAUGCUCGUUCCCACACAGUUUGUCGGGGCGAUCAUCGGCAAGGAAGGGGCGACGAUCCGUAACGUCACAAAACAGACCCACUCAAAGAUUGACAUUCAUCGGAAAGAGAAUGCAGGUGCUGCAGAGAAGCCCAUCACGAUUCACUCCACAGCUGAAGGUUGUUCGAACGCCUGCAGAACCCUAAUGGAGAUCAUGCAGAAGGAAGCACUAGACACAAAGUUUACUGAAGAGAUCCCACUGAAGGUUCUAGUACACAACACCUUUGUCGGAAGAUUAAUCGGGAAGGAAGGACGAAACCUGAAGAAGAUCGAGCAGGACACGGGGACCAAAAUCACAAUCUCGCCUCUACAAGACCUGACCCUGUACAACCCGGAGCGGACCAUCACAGUGAAGGGCUCCAUCGAGGCUUGCGCGAGAGCCGAGGAGGAAGUGAUGAAGAAGAUCAGGGAGUCGUAUGAGAGUGACAUGGCUGCCAUGAACCUCCAGUCAAACCUGAUUCCAGGCUUGAACUUGAACGCUCUGGGCUUGUUCCCUAGUGGCGCACCUGGCAUGGGUCCAUCCAUGUCGCACGUCCCCCCUCCCGGAGCUGGCGGCUCUGCAUUUGGAGGACACCCAGAGUCAGAGACGGUGCACCUGUUCAUCCCCGCUCUUGCCGUGGGAGCCAUCAUUGGAAAACAGGGUCAACACAUCAAGCAGCUGUCGCAUUUCGCCGGAGCCUCCAUCAAAAUCGCCCCCGCAGAAGGAAUGGAUCCCAAACAGAGGAUGGUCAUUAUUGUCGGGCCUCCAGAGGCUCAGUUUAAGGCUCAGUGUCGUAUCUUUGGUAAGCUGAAAGAGGAGAACUUCUUUGGACCCAAGGAGGAGGUAAAGCUGGAAGCCCACAUCAAGGUCCCCUCCUUUGCUGCUGGACGAGUCAUCGGAAAGGGUGGAAAAACGGUAAACGAGUUACAGAACCUGACCUGCGCUGAAGUGGUGGUGCCCAGAGACCAGACUCCCGAUGAGAACGAUCAGGUCAUCGUCAAAAUCAGCGGGCACUUCUUUGCAUGCCAGCUGGCCCAAAGGAAAAUUCAGGAGAUCCUGGCUCAGGUGAGGAGACAGCAGCAGCCCAAGCCUGCUCCCGGAGCCCAGCCUCCGCUGCCCCGCAGGAAGUAGCGUCCCGGCGUGCGCUGGAGGAAACGGUGACUGAAGCUGCCUGACUCAUGAAGACGGACGGUUGGCUGGACGAGUGCAGCGGAGUCCAGGGGUUAGACGACGAGGUGUUACGAACACUCAUCUCAGGGGUCGAAGGUUAUUAGAAGCCUACCAAAACAUCCAACCCCUCUGUGCCUCACUUGAAUGUUCAAGUGGGGCUAAGAGUCCCCACACCCCCAUCCCUUAUGCCUCCUCCUCCUCCUCUUCUCUAAACCUCCACCAACCUCACCUCUCUGCAUCACUGUAGGAAUGUGUCGGAGGGCUCCCAUCGACGUCACCUUCCCCUCACAUGUACGCACCCCUUGACCGCUCUCCUCCUCCUCCCCCCAAGGGCGUGUCUAUCUUUUUUCCUCCUCCCCAUUCUUUUUUUUUUUUUUUUUUUUUUUUUUAAACUCUUGCAACACAAAGAAGAAAUGAGGAUCCCCCUCCUCUAUCACCUCUUUGGUGUGGUACUUUGAACCCGACAAAGAUGUUUUGGUUGACUUCAGAUUUGAUUGAUACGUUUCAGUGUUGAAUUGGUUAAUGAAGCUUUCAUGAGUUUUCUGGCGAAAGGAAAGGAAAAAAAAAAAAAAGGCAUUGCUCUUGCAGUCCUGGUGGGACCGCGAGAGGUUUAUUUGGGGGGAGAGUUGGCUCAAAUUGGUAGGGCCAUGUUUAGGGGAAAGAUUGUUUGAGGCCAGGACCCCCUGAAGGGGUGGAUUAUAAUCUGGGUGUCCUGCCCAUGUAAUGAUAGUGGCAUUUUAUAAAUUCGGAUGCAUUUUAUAGAUAGUCCUAAAUAAAUAGAUGAAUAUAUAUAUAUAUAAAUAUAUACAUGCAUACAUGAACAGACCAUGCAUAUAUCUAUAUCAGUCAUAUAUAUAUAAAAUAGAGGUGAGGGCAGCGCUGUGUCUGACACUUAGGGGAAAUGGUGCUGAAAUGCUGCUGCCCAGGAAAACCAAUUUAAUAUGCAUUUUACUUAACUACCUCAGGAUCUAGUACCUCAGAAGAGAAAAAAAAAUGAUAUAUAACUAUAUAAGAAAAAAAUGUUCCUUUCUUUUUUUAUUUUGCUUUUGUGGUAUUUUGUAUACUUUAUAAAGCUGAUAGUCUUUGAACAUUUUUAUUUUUUUAAGAAAAAAAAAUUUAAAAUUUCAGGUCAGCUGCCAACUGACCCUUGCCUUCAACUCUAGUGCUUUAUGGUGGCAUUGUACAUGUGUGUGAGUGACUAAAGAUGACCCUGUACAUAACGUCUAUUUGUACAUAGCAGCCCCAGAGCCGGAGUUGGCACGCCUCAGCUGGCGGCUGACACGACUAACCAGAGAGACUCGCCUCAGUUUUUCCCCUGAGGGUCCAACCAUCUCUUUUGACGAAAAAUUAUCAAAAGGCCAUGCGAAUCAAUGCCAACCGUACAUGACUACAGCAAUGCCAUUUAGUUUUUGGGAUUGACCUGAUUGGGAACGUUGCUUUAAUUUGUCCAUCAAAUACAAUUCCUUUCUACGGAGCGGGUUUAGAUAGAGCAGGGUGGACUCGAAUGCUUCUGUGCUCGCCCCCACCCCCCUCACCCCACCGCACCCGUCUUUACAUCAAAAGGCCCGAAACCCGACCGGCUCCGCAAACUUAACGUUAACGUCGAUUACUGCAUGGUGAGGGUAGGGGGAGUCGCACUGACUGUGGCAUUUUUCUUUUUAGUUGCUAUAGCGAAACCAUGAUUUGAACAUUCUGUGACCCGCAAGUGUAACGUUUUUUGUUUUCGUGACACAAGACUGACUUGGGAGGGAUCAGGAAAGCGGAAAGACAAAACCUAGAGGAAAAAAAAAAAAAACAAAAAAAAUUCAUUUCGUCUUCAUGCCGAAUGUAAAUAUGUUGAUUUGUGGUAGAAGUUGAGUGUAUCCAUGCUUCCACAGUAGAACGCCGUCUACCUCAGCUAAAGGGGGCGGGGUGGGGGUGGCCGUUGCGCCGCCGAGCGCACCCAUCCCCUCCCCGUCCCCACUGAGCGCCAGCGCGCACGUAUACCUCAGCCCACCCCUCCGCUUCCGGAACACUUCUUUCCACACGGGCGCGCCAUCCUAACAUCAUGCUUAACUGAGUGGCACAAGUGAUACUUAUGACCCCCCCCCCUUCCACGCCCCCCCUCCCUUUUUCUCCGCAGUUUGUUUUGAUCUACCUCUUUAGACAAGUAUUUGAAGUAGAGGCAUUCUCUUUGUUAGAAUUUAAACCCUCUCCUCUCUUCCUCGCAUAUGAACGAAAACUUAAAAUAAAAAAUCAUGUACUCUUUAGAAUCGAGAAUUUAUCGAAAGUGAUGAAAAAAAAAAUCAGUAUUUAUAUGUACUCUUUUUGGCUUAAUUGAACUCCUCCGACCAUCACCAUGUCUUUCUGCUUUCUCUUUUUUUUUGGUGGUGUGGCUUCCUUGUAUUUGAAAUUUUUGCUUUUUUUUUGUGGAAAAAAAAAGGUCAAAUCACCUGUUUUGAUUUAGCUUUCAAUAGUUGAUAUGAGGAAAAUGCAGUUUUUCUAACGGACCUGCCCUUUUUUUUCCCUAAUUUGUAAGACUACAAAAUAGAUACAAGUCCUGUCUUGUUUCCUUUUUGUCUUUCACAAAUGCUACUCCAUGCCGAUUAAUUUUAUUUUUUUUUCUUGGUAGCUAUAUUUUCUUCUGUUAGCAAUUCUUGGCUGUGUAACAUUCUCUGAUGGGACUGAUUUCAGGGAUUGGGGUCUCCCCCCUCCCCCUCCUUUUAUUUGGGGAAAGUGAUUUAACUACAGCAUGAAAAUCCCUUCUCCCCCCUCCCCCGUCUGCAAACAUGCUUGUGCCCCUUCACCUCCCUCUCACACAGUUCCAAUUGUCAAAUGCCUCUGAAUA